CAGUGAUGAUGUUAGAAACUGAAGCAAACGAUGACAGUAACACAAGAACAAUGAAAAGUCAAAGGUGCCAAAAACACGCAAACUUUCUCUCUCCUUCUCUGUCUCUGUCUCUCUCAUUGCCUUUUCUUUCACUCAAUAUCAGAAAACACACAACAAGAAGAAGACUCAACAAUUUCUUGCAGAACAUCAACAAGAAAGCUUUAUAAAAACAAUCAAAAGCUGCAACUUGAAGAUUUUUUUAAGUCUGAGUGAUCAAUCACAACCAUAUUUCUGACUGUAUUAUCAAUCAAAGAUAAGGACAAAACUAGGCAAAUGUGACAGCAUCAGUUGUAUUUUUCUAUAAUUUUCUCCAAUAUCAAAGAUUAGACAAAUGUGACUGUAUUAUUAUCAUCAUCAGUCUUGUUUGUCUGCAAUAUAAGGAAUCUGUAGGAAAUCAAGAACAUAACCAGUUUGAAGGAUUUGAUAACAAGCAUCAUGUCUUUCAAAUGUCACAGCAACCAGUGCAAGAUUGCAGCUUUUGAUGUUGUUAUCUUGGCAGUGGCCACCCUCUUGUGUUUCUCACAUUCAGCAGUAUCUGAUCCAAGAAUCUCUGAAGUGGGGUUGUACUGUGGCACUCAUAGGGCAUCACCAAGUAGUAACUAUGUUCCUGUUUUCACCAAAGAAAUGGAAAGGCUGCAAGAGCUUGUGAGCAAAAGCAACUGGGGCAUUCAUUCUGAGGAACCGUCAUCAACCUCUCCGAUCUAUGGUUUGGCACAGUGCUUCCAAGAUCUUUCCAAGGUUGAUUGUCUUCAAUGCUUUGCAGCCAGUCGCACCAAGCUACCUCGCUGUGUCCCUUCGGUUUCUGGUCAUAUUUACCUUGAUGGUUGCUUCCUUCGCUAUGAUAACUACAGUUUCUACUCUGAGGAGACUGACCCUUUGAGGGACACGGUGAACUGCACCACACAGUAUGGUGGUGUGGCUGGUGAGGCUGAGAGGUUGGUGUUUGGGAAGAGUGUUGGGAAAGUGGUUGAGAAUGUGGUGAGGGUGGCAGUGAAUGAGGGAAGAGGGUUUGCAGUGGGAGAAGAUGAGGGAGUUUAUGCCUUGGCACAGUGCUGGAAAACUGUUGGAGAAAAAGGGUGUGGUGAUUGCUUGAAGAAAGCUGGAAAUGAGGUUAGAGGGUGUUUGCCUAAGAAGGAAGGGAGAGCCUUGAAUUCUGGCUGUUAUUUGAGAUAUUCCACUGUUAAGUUCUACAAUCAAGGAGGUGAACAUGGUGAAGGAGAUGAUUCUGCUAGAAAAAGAACCAUCAUUACAGCAGUCUCAGUCUUGGCUGCAGUUGUUUUAGUUCUCUCUCUUUUGGUCUCUUAUGUGGCCUUCACCAAAAAGAGAAAAAAAAACGACUUCAUUGAGAUUCCCUCUUAUUUGAAGAAUUCUAGCUUGAAUUACAAAUAUGAAACUCUUGAGAAGGCCACAGAUUAUUUUAGCACUUCAAGAAAAAUAGGCCAAGGAGGAGCUGGUUCUGUGUUCAAAGGGACUCUUCCAAACGGGAAAGAUGUUGCUGUUAAGAGAUUGAUCUUCAAUAAUAGACAAUGGGUGGAUGAUUUCUUCAAUGAAGUGAAUUUAAUCAGUGGAAUGAAUCACAAGAACCUUGUCAAGCUAUUGGGUUGUAGCAUUGAAGGCCCUGAGAGCCUCAUUGUGUAUGAGUACCUACCUAACAAGAGCUUAGACCAUUUCAUUUUUGAAAAGGACAAAACAAGGAUUCUAAAAUGGAAGCAGAGGUUUGAAAUAAUUGUUGGAAUUGCAGAAGGGCUUGCAUAUCUUCAUGGAGGCUCUGAAAUAAGAAUCAUCCAUAGAGACAUCAAAAGUAGCAAUGUUCUUCUUGAUGAGAAUCUCAAUCCCAAGAUUGCAGAUUUUGGUCUUGCAAGGUGUUUUGGUGCUGAUAAAACACAUCUAAGCACAGGAAUUGCUGGAACACUAGGUUACAUGGCUCCUGAGUAUCUUAUUCAAGGACAACUUACAGAUAAAGCAGAUGUUUAUAGUUUUGGAGUGCUUGUUCUGGAGACUGCAAGUGGCAGGAAGAACAAUGUCUUCCGUGAGGAUUCUGGUUCUCUUUUGCAAACAAUUUGGAAACUUUACCAAUCAAACAGAUUGGCUGAAGCUGUUGAUCCAUGCUUGGGAGAUGAGUUUCCUGAAAGAGAAGCAUCAAGGGUGUUUCAAAUUGGAUUACUCUGCACACAAGCUUCUGCUUCCCUUAGACCAUCCAUGGCUCAAGUUGCUUGCAUGUUAAGCAAUUCAAAUUUGGAUGUGCCUAUACCAAAACAACCUCCAUUUUUGAACUCUAGAUUGCUCAGCCAAACAGCUCCUUUAGGUUUUAGCAUAGAUAACUCCUCAUCAAACACAUUUCAAAAGAUUGGUGUGUCUUAUAGCCUCUCUCAGUCCUCUAGUUCAUGCAGCUUAAUUAGGUCAUCCAAAAAUGAAGAAACAAUUUUGGAAGCUUGAUUCCCAAAAUUCCAUUUUUUUGAUGUUACCUCAACUAACCUACUAAAAGAAAAGGAUAGAUAUAUCAAGUUUUAUCUUCAAAAUGGAUUCAAAUUGCCUCAUAGUAACCAAGAAGAGCAAGAAGAGAUUUUCCAAUAGAGACUUUUCAUCAUAUUAAACAAGUAAAUUCCAAUGACAUGGUUGGACAUUGAGUAUAUAGAGAGAGAUUUUUCUUUUAUAUAUGUAUAUUUUUGUAUAUAUUCAUUUU